AUGGAAGAUGAUGAUUUCAUGGCAUAUCUAAUGGCAAAUGGUGUUGGAGAUGAGUAUGACAUGGCUAUGGAAGAGCUGCUGGCCCUUGAAGAACUGCAUUCAAGUAACAAUUCAAAUUCAUGUGAUGAAGCUAACAUAUCAGUGGAUGAACUUCUAUCUUUGGAGGAGGCCAUUAACAGAUUCAGUGAUGAUGAUGAUGAUGAUGAUGAUGAUGAACCAUGGUAUGUCUCUGAUACUGACUCUGAAAAUGAAUUUCAAUAUGAAAUUGAUGAAGAAACUUUAGAGCAACCUAGUGUUGACACAACAACAUCAAAUAAAAAACCAAUGAUUCCUAACAAUAUAAGGGCACAAAUUGCAAUUGAAAUGUUUGAGGCUGCCAUAAAUUUCAAACUUCCAAGGGGUUUCAACAUGUUUUUAGCCGAAAAAUAUGUAGUGCACAGGUCAACAAUAACAAGAAUAUGGAGACAAGCCAAAAAUCAGAAACUCACUGGUGAAGAGGUGAAUGUGUCACAUAAAAAAUACAAGUGUGGAAGGAAGUCUUUAAUUACUGAUGACAUGCUUCUAGCUGUGCCUUUAAAACAGAGGACAACAUUAAGGUCUUUUGCUGCUGCUUUGGAGGUGAGUCCUUCAACAGUUUAUAGGCUGGUAAAAAAGGGUAUCAUAAGAUCCCACACAAAUUCUAUAAAACCAAAGCUCACAGCUGAGCACAAAAUUAAAAGGCUUAAGUUUGUGAUGGGCAAUAUCAUACCCAGGACGGUGAAUGAGGGACCCAAAUUUGACCUUCUACAAAACAUGAUUCACAUUGACGAGAAGUGGUUUUUUAUGAGUAGGAUCACUCAAAGGUUCUAUCUUCUCUCAGAUGAAGAAGAUCCUUAUAGGGCAUGUCAGUCAAAAAGUCACAUGACUAAGGUCAUGUUCAUGGGUGCCAUUGGUAAACCAUGGUUUGAAGAAAAUAGGGAACUCAUUUUUUAUGGAAAAAUUGGCAUUUAUCCUUUUGUAGACAAAGUUCCAGCACAAAGAUGGAGUGCAAACAGAGACAGGGGCACUAUAGAGACCAAAGCCAAGCAACACAUCAACAAACAAGUCAUCAGAGAAAUGAUUAUCAACAAGUUGUUACCAUCAAUAAAAGAAAAGUGGCCAGCAAAUAGGUGCAAAACAAUAUGGAUACAACAAGAUAAUGCCAGACCACAUAUAUUUCCAGAUGAUGCAGAGUUUUUGGAAGCAGCAAGAAAAGAUGGUUUUGAUAUGCAUCUUGUAUGUCAACCAGCACAAUCCCCUGACCUAAAUCUUUUGGAUUUGGGAUUUUUCAAAGCAAUACAGUCAAUUCAACACCAACAAUUCCCAAACACAAUAGAUGAGCUCAUUGAAAGUGUAGAGGAAGCUUAUAAUGUUUAUGAUCCUAGAAUCAUAAAUUACACAUGGUUGCAUCUCAAGCUUGUUAUGUUGGAAAUCUUAAAGGUUAAGGGUGGAAACAACUAUAAGAAUCCUCACAUUGGCAAGAAAAAAUUGGACAGGUUGGGGCAAUUACCAACUGUUGUUCAUGUUCCACAACAGUUGGUAACUGACACAGUCAAGUUACUAGAUGAAGGAAUUGUAUGUGGGCCACCAAAUCCAGAUGAAGAGCUCAUGGCAGAGUAA